AUGACCUCUUCCCCUCGUACUACCACCAGUGACGAACUCCUCACCCGCACACGCCAAAAGCACUGGCAGCUGCGAAACCAACUGCAACAAGACGAUGCAGACGCCGAGAGAGACAUAAAACGUGCUCCUCCCAAGGCCAGCAGCAGCAAUCACUUCCGCAUCUCUCCCUCCUCGGGAAUGUGGGAGUUCAAACCGCCCGGAGGAUCAGAUGUAACCGGCGGAGCGACACAUGGUCGUCAUCACCCAGCACGAUCUGGUCGGUCUCGUCGACGACGACAACAAGAUUCAUUCUCGAGUGUACUCCCGUCCUCGCCGCAUUCUCCCGCCGCGAAUGGAGCGGGCGGAGACGUCUCUCAUCCGAACGAAUACCGGGAAGUAACGCACGAAGGAGGGGAAGAGGGUCGCACCAAAGAUGCUGGAGGGAUGCUGGCGGAGGAGGGUGGAGGAGGAGCGGAGGGGAGGGAUGGUGAUACGGCCGGGGGUGGUGGGAGUGGUUGCGAUCUUCCGACGAUAACCAAGACUCGUCUUUCCCGCCUCCGCUAA